CUUCAAGACACAGCCCGACGCCAUGGCAACAUAAGCUAAGCUAAUGUGCUUAGAGCUUAGAUGUUAUACGUUUUUCAGAUUGCCUGAAUUUAGUACGUUAAGAUGUCCUCGUUGGGAUUAAUUGUUAAUGUACGUUUUUAUGGCAGUCAUUUUUCAUUUUGAAAAUGCUGCUGUAAUAUAAGUAAAGUUAGCUAAGUAAUUCGCCAAAGUGUUAGAAUUGAAUGGGUAGUACGGAAGUAUAAUUUAGUGUUAUUUAGCUAAUGGUUCAGUUGAGUUAGAAGGCAUCAUUCUAGUUCGUAAUAUCGUUCGAUGACCAGUUUAUGCAAACAGCAGGGUGAGUUCAUGACAUCUGGGUUAUUUCGCGUUGUUGCUGAAAUAGGAUUGAUGUAAUACCUGCUAUCAUUGAUUUGACGUAUCAAAACAUAUGUUAUUCUCAUGAAUUCACUAGCCGGAGAUGGUGUGUUACAGUUUGCCAGUUGAUUAUUGGUUUAAGGCUUGAUCCCGCAUGAGCUCGGGUUAUGUCCGCGGAUAAAACUCCAACAGGGACUCAUGGCCUCCUCCGCGGCCAGCGGACUCGGUCUUACGGCAGUCUCGUGUCCUCACUGUCACCCAUUAGACAAAGACGAAUUAAUCACAAUGUUCAGCCCGGUGAGACUUUGCAAGGACUGUCACUGAAGUAUGGCGUUUCUAUGGAGCAAAUCAAAAGGGCAAACAGACUGUACACAAAUGAUUCAAUAUUCCUAAAGGAGUCCCUCUUCAUCCCUGUGUUGACGGAGUCUGCUUCUUUCAGCAAUGGAGUAAAAUUGACUGAGGAGACAAGUCCAACACAAACACACACAAAGACUUCUGAUGAGACCCAUACAAGCCAAACAGACUCUAUUUGUCAUGAAGAGAAUACUGAUCUCUCUCCAGUGGAGUACCUGAAAAAGAUAGACAGCUUGAUCAGUCAGUCCAAACAAGCAGCUGUGAAAACGUGUCAGGAGGGAGAGAAACAGUUCUCCUCUAUGGAACAACUCCAUUAUGGCAAUCUGGCUUCCAGCAAAGCUUCCUCCCAACAGGCAGUACAUGGAGCUGUUCCCAUUACCAUCACCAAACGGACCAGGAAUUUAAGGCACAGAGAGGAUGAGAUCUUUCAGCUCUAAUCUAGGUUGCUCAU